AUUAACCCCUCGCUGUCCUCCGCAGUCACAAUCGCCGCCAUCUUCAAGACCAACUUCACCAUCUCGUUCCCCUUUGACCUCCCGGAGAUGUUCUUCUACAUGAUUCUGGGGGCGAUCUGCGGGACGGUGAGCUGCGCCUAUCUCUUCUGCCAGCUAUGGCUCCUCGGCUACGUCAGGCGGAAUCCCUUCACCUCGCGGCUCCUGGCGUCGGAUAAGCCGAUCUAUUCAGCCCUGGUGGCCAUUCUGGUGGCGUCCAUCACGUUCCCGGACUUCCUGGGGCAGUUCCUGGCCUCGCGGCUGUCAAUGAAGGAACUCCUCGUCUCGCUCUUCGACAACCGCACGUGGUGGACGCUCUCCCAGAACGCCACGGCCGAGCUGCCCGCCAGAGUGGACCCCGGCAACCUGUGGCUGGAGUGGGCCAACCCCCAGAUCACCAUCUUCGGCACGCUGGCAUUCUUCAUCAUCAUGAAGUUCUGGAUGUUCAUAUUGGCUACCACCAUGCCCAUGCCCGCCGGGUACUUCAUGCCGGUCUUCAUAUACGGUGCCGCUAUCGGGCGCUUGGUGGGAGAAACCAUCGCGUACAUAUACCCGGGGGGCAUCACAUCGAACGGAGUGGUCCAUCCCAUCAUCCCCGGGGGAUACGCACUGGCAGGUGAUGUUGAAUGAAGGUUUGCCCCCUUUAACUCUCUCCUUCACAGCCUCUCCACGGCGCUGCUGGCGUUCGAAGCCACGGGUCAGAUCGCGCACAUCCUGCCCGUGAUUUUCGCCGUCCUGGUCGCCAACGCCAUCGCCCAGAAGUUCCAGCCGUCCUUCUACGACGGCACCAUCAUCGUGAAGAAACUUCCCUACCUGCCGCGCAUCCGCAGCCGCCAGAUAAACUCCUACAAGGUGAACGCCGGAGAGUUCAUGAAGACGGACGUGGAGGUUCUGGCCAAGGACGCGAGCUUCCAGGACGUUCUGCGGGUGGUGACGUCAUCUGACUACUCCGAGUAUCCCGUGGUGGACAACGCAGAGUCCCGGGUCCUGGUCGGCACCGUGAAGCGCUCUCAGCUGAUCCGAUUCUUGGAGACGCACGAGGAGUCCCAGCAGGAGCCCGGAGCCCCGGUCCAGAAGAUGAAGAAUGCCAUCGAGGAUCUCGCCAACCCCAAAUAA